UAUUAUCCCUUUGAUAUUUGCCUGCACGUCCCAAAAAAACAAGUCGAGAAUAAUAAUCACAUCAGAUUUGAUUAAAACCCUCUCACUAAUCACCUUAUUAAUCACCCUCUCCCCCCAACAGAAAAAACAUCGUCGGUUCUCUGUCUCGGACGGUCGAAAUCAAUCAUGCACCGUAGAGGAAUUCAAGAAUCGGACGAGGAAGAAGAUGAGACGUACAACGACGUCGUUCCCGAGUCUCCUUCUUCUUGCGAAGACACAAAGAUCUCAAAACCAACUCCAAAGAAAAGUAGGAGGAACAUGGAGAAGAGAGUUGUCUCUGUUCCGAUUGCUGACGUGGAAGGAUCUAAGAGUAGAGGAGAGGUAUAUCCACCGUCAGAUUCCUGGGCCUGGAGAAAGUACGGUCAAAAACCGAUCAAAGGCUCGCCUUAUCCCAGGGGUUAUUACAGAUGCAGCAGUUCAAAAGGAUGUCCGGCGAGGAAGCAGGUGGAGAGAAGUCGCGUGGACCCCUCAAAGCUCAUGAUAACAUACGCCUGCGACCACAACCACCCUUUCCCCUCCGCCACUAACAACAAAUCCCACCACCACCACCACCGAACAACCGCUGUCGUCCUAAAAACCGCCAAGAAAGAGGAAGAAGACGAGGAGGAGGAGGAAGAAGCAACCGUCGUCGUCGCCGAGGAGCCUGCAGGGCUAGACCUGAGCCACGUGGACUCUCCACUGCUCUUAGGUGGCUGCUACAGCAGCGAACUCCCCGAGUUCGGAUGGUUCUACGACGCGUCCAUCUCAUCAUCCUCUGGUUCUUCUUACGGUGGGAGCUUCAUGGACGUAACACUAGAGAGAGGCUUUUCAGUAGGAGGAGAAGAAGAAGAUGAGUCACUGUUCGGUGAUCUCGGCGACUUGCCUGACUGCGCCUCCGUGUUCCGCCGUGGGACGGUGGCUACGGAAGAGCAACAUUUUGGCGCCAUUCCUUUCUGUGAUAGUUCUAGAUGAGUUGUGUGUGUAGCCAAAAAUCUAAAAAAAAGGAAACUUUUUAUUUUCCACUGUAAAGGUGUAUCGAUGGUGGAUUCAUAUGAUUCAUUUAAAAUUUCUAAAAGUAAUAAAUUAAUAAUCUUUCUAGUAAA